AUGCCGAUUUUCUUCUCACGAUCCGGGGCAGCAAACACGUGGUUGUUCUGGCAUCAAUCUAUUUAUUUAUCUCUCUAUCUAUCUAUCUAUCUAUCUAUCUAUCUAUCUAUCUAUCUCAGUACAUAUGGGUUUGGUUUGGAUUUGUUUGACGGCAAUAUCAAUUCUUUUGGUUUAUUUGGUUUAUUUCUUGUUAUCUUAUCUAUCUAUCUUGUCUCUAUCUAUUCAUCUGUCAUUAUAGAUCUAUCUAUCUAUCAAUCUAUCUCUCUUUUGGUUAUAUGGGGUUUGGUUUGGUUUGUUUUUGGCACAUCAACCUCAAUGGGUUAUUUAAUGCCGACUCUUCACAUCUAUCUAUCUAUCUUUGUCCCCUAUCUAUUUAUUUCAUCAUUAUCUAUCAACCUCAUCUAUCUAUUUAAUGCCGACAUAUGGGUUUGGUUAGAUUUGUUUUGGCAUAUCAACCCCUUUUUGGGUUAUUUUUGGCCGACUCUUUAUAUCUAUCUAUCUAUCUUUGUCUAUUUAUCUAUCAAUCAUUUCUAUCUAUCAUAUCCAUCGAAUAUCUAUAAAUCUAUCUAUCUUUCUCAAUAUCUAUCUAUCUAUCUUGUUUCAUCUUAG